AUGUCUCUAACAAUACACAGCCUUUGUCUUACAGCCACAAUUUUUCUGACGGUCAGUGGUCAGGACCUUGUCACAUCUUCAGGCUACCACGGUAAUGUCUACCCGGUCGGGUCCUUCGAUCCCUCUCCAUGUGAGAUCUGCCAGUGUUCGUCCUGUGGACAAGCCUAUUGCGCCAUUGUAGACUGCUUUUCCGUCGGUUGUGUCGAUGCCGUCCACGAACCUAACCAAUGCUGUCCUGUGUGUCCUAACGGUCGAAAUUGCAAGGCUCCAGAUGGAACCAUUAUUAAACAUGGCGACACCUACUCGACAGCAUAUAUGACGUGUCAUUGCUUACAGUUCAGCACUCUGGCGGAAUGCGCCUACAAACCCCCGCAGCCAGUUCAACCUCAAAUCGUCUAG